AUGGGUUUUCUCCAGAAAAUCGUCAAAAAUGACGCGAUGAAAGAGGACCCUCCAGAGAUUUAUGGUUGGAAAGUCUACUUCUUGGCUUUUUCGGCAUGCUUUGGCGGCAUGUUGUUCGGCGUCGACUCUGGUAUCAUUGGCGGUGUCCUUACCCUUCCUGAAUUCAUGGUCAAAUAUGGUCUGGAUACCGCAACCGAUAUUGAACGCGCCAACCUAUCAGCCAACAUUGUCUCUACACUACAGUGUGGUUGCUUUGCUGGUGCGCUUGUUGCUUCGUACGUCGCCGAUCGAUUGGGCAGACGCGUAGCUCUUCUCAUCGCUGCUGUCAUUGUCACCAUCGGUUGUAUCUUCCAAGCUGCUGCUGACGGCCACAUUGCUGUGAUGUACGUCGGCCGUCUAAUCGCCGGGUUCGGUGUGGGAAAAGCGUCUAUGGUCACACCUCUAUACAUCUCCGAGAAUGCGCCACGAGCCAUUCGUGGUGGCUUAACUGGUAUCUACCAGCUCUUCAUCGCGACCGGAACUAUGCUUGCAUUCUGGAUCAACUAUGGAGCGAACCGUCACCUUUCCGGUCACACCACCUACAUCGUGCCCUUGACUAUGCAAGCCCUGCCUGCUCUCUUGCUUUUUGGCUCAAUGUUCUACUGCAAGGAAUCACCAAGAUGGCUUGCACGCAAAGAUCGCUGGGACGAAGCCUCCGCUGUUCUGUCCGAUGUCAGAGCAUUACCUUCUUCUCAUCCAUACGUCCAGAUGGAACUUCGUGAGAUGCAAGAGCAGCUUGAUCACGAGAGAGCCUUGAUCGGUGGUGCUUCAUUCAAGGACCUGAUGAAAGAGAUGUGGACAAUUCCUGGAAACCGAAAGAGAGCCAUCAUCACUAUCUGUCUUAUGAUCACUCAACAGAUGACCGGCACCAACGCCAUCAAUUACUAUUCUCCGCAGAUAUUCCGCAAUCUCGGUUUAAGUUCUACAGAUGCUGGUUUGUUUGCUACUGGUAUCUAUGGUGUCGUCAAAAUGACCAUGUGCGCCUGUUUCCUGCUCUUCGCCGCCGACUCUCUUGGUCGUCGCAGAUCUCUGUUGUGGACCUCAAUUGCUAUGGGCUGCGCCAUGCUUUACGUCGGCCUCUAUGUUCGUAUCAAGCCCCCAGUUAAAGGCGCCGACAUUCCUGGAGCUGGUUAUAUGGCACUCGUCUGCAUCUAUCUUUUUGCCGGCUUCUUUCAAUGGGGAUGGGGUCCUGUUCCAUGGAUUUACAUCUCUGAGAUUCCGACCGCCAGACUGCGUGGUGUCAAUGUGGCUCUUGGUGCUGCAACUCAAUGGCUCUUCAAUCUUGUCGUCGCUCGUGCAGUGCCAAACAUGCUUGCUACAAUGGGUAAAGCAGGCUACGGGACAUUCCUCUUCUUUUCCGCCGCUUGCUUCCUUUCCUUCAUCUUCGCCUGGUUCUUUAUCCCCGAGACUAAGGGCCUUUCACUUGAGAAGAUGGAUGACCUCUUUGGCGUUACCGAAUUGGCCAAGAAGAUGGAUGAUGAUGAAGGUGGCCAUGACAUCACACCUGCCAAAGACUUCGAGGGUGAAAAGACACAACAUGUGGAGGUAUCACAGGUCAACAACAGCACCAAGCACUGA